UGUUCUCAUCCACAGUGUCGCUCGUACAAGCCUCCAGGAUCUUGGUAAUACACUUCCAAGAGUCUGUAACCAGGCAAACAUGAGAGACAAACAAAUGUGUGACAAACAGCAUUAAGCAGAGUUCCCAGAAGGAAAAACCUUGUGCUGUGGUUGCAAAUGUCAUUAGACCUGGUUGCCUAGCAGCUCUGCUCCUCUGCCUCCUCCCUCCUCCAUCGAUGUUUACGCACACGUGCAGACUGAGGAAGCCUGCAGGCGAGAGCAGAGGGCACGAGUCACUGGAGUGGGACAAAGUGAAGAAGCCGAUUUCAAUCCAGCCUUGUGUUUGGUUCCGACCUCCGAGGCCGCUGAGGCUGCGCCGUACAACGAGCGGAGCAUGUCGACGGAGUUGGAGCUGACCUUCCGGCAGGACGCCGAUCUGACGGAGGUGAUGCGCCUGCGGGUUCAGUCCCUGCAGCAGCGAGGCCAGAAGAGGCAGGACGGCGAGCGGCUGCUGCGGCCCAACGAGGCCGUGUACCGACUGGACUUCUCCAAACAGUCCCUGCAGUUUUCACACUGGGCCGUGCGGCUGGCGCAGGCGGGACAACUCACCGUCACGGCCACCUCGCAGCUCUGGACGCCCGACCUCACCCACCUGAUGACGCGCCAGCUGCUGGAGCCCGCCGGGGUGUUCUGGAGGUCGCCGGGCGACGCGGGCGACGCGCCCGUCCAGUUCUACGAGGCCGACGCGCACGAGUUCGGCGAAAGGAUCGCAGAGCAGGCCAAGGUGAGGAAAGCGAUGUACUUCCUGUUUGGAUUUGCAGAAGGCUGCAGCCCCGAGAGUGUGGACUGCUCCAUCCACUUCAGAGUGGACAGUUGAGACUUGGAAACACCUGGACAAAGUCUCGCUGCAGACUCUUCUUCUGUGCUUGUUGAAGAAAUGUCAAUUUUAGGUUUUGCAUUUUUGUUUGUAUCGUUGGCUCCAUCGACUGUUACAAAAGAGAAUCAAUCCUGUAUGAACGAGAUCACAGUCCAAUGUGCACAAGUGUUUCUUAUUGUCCUUGCUUCCGUUACUGUACCUCUUGUUGUGAACCUAUUGAUCACAAACAGUUUUUCCUUUACACCUUCGCAUUCUGUGAUAUCGACCAUAAACCAGAUAGAAAUAUGAAUAAAUCUAAUAAAACG